AUGGAGGAAGGCGAUUUUGGUCAUUUGUCAUCAGUUAAGUUCACUUUGGCGACAAGUACGAUUGAUUGGACUCACAAAAUGGCAAUCUUUGGAAGCAAGAAGUUUCGCGGAGCAGCAGAAUCAAAUACCUUCGCCGCAAAAUAUCGCAGCGCUCUUGCCAAGCAUCCCUUCGCUCUCUUCGGUUUGCCAUUUAUUGCAACCAUGGUUGCUGGAUCCUUCUUUCUUACGCCCGCCGCAGCUAUCAGAUACGAGAAACACGAUAGACGUGUGCGAAGGUUAAGUAAAGAAGAGGAGCUGGGAAUUGGUAAGACUGGAAGACGAGUGGAUAUGAAGGAAGAAUACUAUAGACUUGCCGCUAAAGAUUUAGACGAUUGGGAACAAAAGAGAGUCAAGAGACUUCCGGGAGAACAUGAUGGUAAAUUGUAG